AGGCUACACAGCCCGCUGUGAUAGCCGUGUUUUUAUCUCACUCCCAAGUUUAUACUGUGAUAAAUGUUAUUAAUUUUAGUUAGUUAGGUAGAUUAAUAAGUGUAGUGUGACAUAAAGUUAAGGAAUUAUCCAUCCCCCCCCGCGCUGCAAUGCCGUCCCCUCCCCUGCUCCUGCUGGCAUGCUGCCUCCUGCUCGGCUGUUCAGCAGUGUCGUGCUACCGCGUGCUGGCGGUGUUCCCGGUGGCGUCCCGCAGCCACGCCACGCUCGGCCGCGGCGUCGUGGAGGCUCUGCUGGCUGAUGGGCAUGAGGUGACAUUCAUCACGCCAUACCCUGAGAACAAGAAUGUGAAGAACUUGAAGGAAAUUGAUGUCAGUGUUACGCAAAAGGUUAUUAAAGCCAUAAACAUGAUGGACGAAGCCAACCGCCACGGCGGCCCUGACUUCGUGAAGGCGAUGUCCCUCAACGUGUCUCGAGCCAUGAUGGCGACCCCGGCCGUGCAGGGGGAGCUCCGCACCGGCCGCUUCGACGCGGUGGUCACCGAGUGGUUCUUUAACGAGUACUUGGCUGGUUUCGCGGCGACCCUGCAGGUGCCCUGGGUGCUGCUGAACGGCAUGGUGUACCACCCCUACCUCGAGCAGCUGGUGGACGCCCCCCAGUCCCCGGCGAUCCUGCCCAUGAUGGCCAAUGACUACCCGGUGCCAAUGAGUUUCAUUGAGAGAGUGAAGAAUACUUUCAUAGUCGGAAUGAUGCUUGGGACAUACGCUUUCAAAGACAAAUAUGAGUUCGCGGAAGUCUAUGAGGAACUCUUCGCGCCACUAGCGAAAUCUCGCGGCGUGGAGCUGCGGCCGUUCGACGAGGCGUCGGCAGAUGUCGCUGUGGUGCUGUUGAACUCGCACCCGGCGCUCGCGCACGUGCAGUCUGUCCCGCCCAAUGUCAUUGAUGUGGCCGGGUAUCAUUUGGAUGAGAGUCCUAAACCGCUGCCUCAGGACCUCCAAACCCUGCUGGACAAUUCGAAGCAAGGCUUCGUCUACUUCAGCAUGGGAUCAGUGCUGAAGUCCGCCAACUUCCCCGCUCAUACGCGUCAGGCGCUACUCAAGGUAUUCGAGAAGCUGCCCUACACGGUGCUGUGGAAGUUUGAGGAGGCGAUGGACGGGCUGCCCAAGAAUGUCCACGUCAGGGCCUGGAUGCCGCAGCAGAGCAUCUUGGCACACCCCAACAUAAAGCUCUUCAUCACCCACGGAGGCAUGCUGAGCUCGGUGGAGGCGAUCCACUACGGGGUGCCCCUACUAGCCAUCCCCAUGUUCGGGGACCAGCCCAGCAACGCGCAGCGAGCGGCGCGCCGGGGCUACGCCAUCAGUGUGCCGUUCUCGCCUGAUAUGACGCCGCAGGUUGAAGACGCGUUGGGGAAGCUGCUGAGUGAUGAUACUUACUACAAGACGGCGAAGACCCUAUCAGCCGUGUUCCGCGCGCGUCCCACCACGCCGCGGAAACUCAUCGCGCACUACGUCAGACUCGCUAUUGAGAGCAAAGGCGCCCACCAUCUUCGGACGAAGACCCACCUCUACCCGUGGUACCAACGACUGCUGCUGGAUCAACUGCUAGUGCUUCUGCUAAUCAUCCUGUUUGUUAUUAGAAUGAUAGAGAAAUUGUUUAUAAAGCUGUUUUUGAGUGCCGCAAGCAAAAAAGACGCGGGAAAGAAGAAAGUGAAGAAGAAUUGAAUUUGUAUCUAAGUCCUUAGUAUUAACUAAUGGCAAUAAGGGAAAAUGAAGAGAUCGUAUUAUAAGAUUUAUAAGUUUACACUAUGAACAAAACGCCUAGUUGUAUUGUUUAGUAUUUUUUUACUGAAGGUGCUGAAAUUAAAUUACACUUAAACCAAAAA